AUGAGCUCCUCAAUAGAUACCGCGACAAACGGCAACGCCUAUGCCGGCGACCACGAUCAUGUCCUCCGCCCGCGCCCGCGCAAACCCCAACAUUCUCAGGUCUCCGAGAUCCUUCGCAUGUCCACGGCGAGCGACGAUAAUGGGCACCUCAUGCCUGACAAUCUCAGCACUGGCACAGCGAGUGGUUUGACUAGUGGUCGUUCCACGCCUGUCCCCGACAAUGCGCCUCCAUCUGUCAAGUCCCUUUCCACUGCUCGCAAGCAGGCUCGAGCCGAGCAGCGCCGUCGCAUCUUUCCUACCAUCGAGUUCGCCUCGCGCGUCAGUCAUUUCGAUCCAGAAAGCGACUACCGAGACUUCCAUGGCUUCUUCAACCUCUUCUGGAUUGGCCUUGCCAUUAUGGGCAUUACCUCGAUGCUCCGAAACAUCAAGGAUACCGGCUUCCCUCUGAGAGUGCAAAUCUGGAGUCUUUUUACUGUGAAGCUCUGGCAUCUCGCUAUCGCCGACUUCCUUAUGGUCGCUACUACUGCUAUCAGCUUGCCCUUGCAUCGCGCAGCUCGUGCUGCCAAGCCUGGCGGCAUUGCAACUUGGAGUCGUGGAGGAAGGGCUCUCCAGAGCAUUUACCAGGUCGCCUGGCUAUCCCUCUGGAUUGCUGUACCUUUUUACUUUGAGUGGACUUGGACCGCCCAGGUCUUCUUCCUUCUGCAUACUAUGGUGCUUCUCAUGAAGAUGCACUCGUACGCUUUCUACAACGGGCACCUGUCUGAAACAGAGAAGCGCCUCCACGCCCUCGACAACCCCUCCUCCGUCCCCGAUCGCCGACCGGCCUACCAAUAUCCCAGCGCCGACUUCCCCGGAAGUUCCACCAGCACUUCUGGUGCCCCAGCGAAUAACAAUGGCAAGAAGCGCCGUCGACAGCGCAGUCAGCGAAGACGUCAGCAACCGAAACGACUGGCGAGUGAUAGCAACAAGAGCAACGAUGAGGAAGAGACUCCCAGCGCCGUACAGCAAAUCCAGAGCCCUCCUGCGAGCGCCAACAAUAGUUCCGACGAAGUUGACGAGCUGCGCGAAGACCUCGCCCGUGAGCUUACGAGCCCCAUGGGCAACGUCACAUACCCGAGUAACCUCACCUGGUCAAACUACACGGACUACAUCCUCUGCCCUACGCUAUGCUACGAGAUCGAGUACCCUCGAACCUCCUCUAUCAACUGGAUCUCGCUUAUCUCCAAGAUCAUUGCCACCUUUGGUUGCAUUUUCCUCUUGACCAUUAUUUCCGAGGACUUUAUCCUUCCUGUUCUCACCGACGCUUCGGAGCGCCUCGACGCUGUUCCAGCUGUAUCGUCCGCUUCCGAGACGGCUCUCAUUCUUGCCGAGACCAUCUCAUGGCUUCUUUUCCCAUUCAUGCUCACUUUCCUCCUCGUCUUCCUUGUCAUCUUUGAAUACGUCCUCGGCGCCUUUGCCGAAAUCACUCGCUUUGCCGAUCGCCACUUCUACUCGGACUGGUGGAACUCGACUGACUGGAUGGAGUUCUCUCGGGAGUGGAAUAUCCCCGUUUACAGCUUCCUCCGUCGUCAUGUUUAUAGCGCCUCAAGGUCCCGCAUAGGCAAGGGUGCAGCCACGGCGCUAACCUUUCUCAUCUCUGCCAUUGGUCACGAGAUUGUCAUGGCCUGCAUCACCAAGAAGCUCCGCGGGUACGGCUUCGUGUGUCAGAUGCUCCAGCUGCCUAUUGUUGUCCUUCAGCGCACAAAGUGGGUUCGUGACCGCGAAACCUUGAACAAUGUUUGCUUCUGGGCCUCGAUGAUUCUGGGUCUCAGCUUGAUAUGUGCACUCUAUGUCCUUCUUUAG